AUGACACGUGUCGUGCCUCCGCUGCCGCCUCUGCGUUCAGUCACUUUUGCUCGCCAUUUAUCCAUCAUCGAGGACGCCUCUGAUAAGAACAUUGGUUGUGUCGAGUAUAGGGUACCAGGUGGAGUCGAGGGCCGCAUCUUCUACCCGCCGGUAGCUGCGGGGGUGACACGUGGUUACACCCAAACUACGUGGAUGAGGAAUGUGCCAAGAUAUGCGUUCGGUCAAUUGGAUGUGGCUCGAGCCUUGUUCAGGAGCUCCAAAGUGAUGCAAAUUAUCAUCCGUUUCUUGCAGUGGAUGGUGAAGCUACUAGGAUAUUUUAUUCCCAGCGGUUGGUCGUUGUACAAGCUGAACUCUACUUAUGACGAUAUGGAGCCUAUAGCCGAGGGAGAUCUACCAUUGGUUGUUUUUUCGCAUGGCCUCACUGGAAAUGGGGAUGAAAAUGCUCUGCUGUGCUCGACCUUGACACAUGCGAUCGUUGGAGGAGCUAUUGUAGCGGUGAUUCAUCAUCAGGAUGGGUCCUCUUGUGAGGCGAUGGAUGAGAACGGCCGCGAAAUACCAUACAUUCCGGAUCCCAGGGAAAAUCCGUACCCCAGGAACUUUCGUCCUCAGCAAGUUCGUCAGAGAGCAAAUGAGAUGAAAUCAGUGAUCGAAUAUCUGUGCACAAUUGGUUCUGGGAAGGAGUCAGGAGUCCCUUUGCUCAAUCGAGUCACGAAGUUGAUAGACCCGAAUCGUAUCGUCCUUGUUGGGUAUUCCUUCGGUGGCGCUACUGUUGCUGAAUACUGCACAACUGUUGGUCUGAAGGCAGUUGAGGAUAAGCGUGUUUCGUGUGCGGUGCUGAUGGAUCCGUGGACUUACGUCAGUCCGAGGAAUGGUUCUGAGGGGUUUAGAUUCCCUGCGGAGGCGCAUAAGAAAGGAAUCCAAGCGCCGACGCUUGUACUCGGCAGCGAGGAGUUUUCGAAGUACCCCGACAUGAGUGCAGCCACUAGGAACCUGUAUGAUAAGAGCCUACAGGCUGGCAGUCGUCUCCGAGUGAUGGAGAGGACGAGGCAUGGUAAUCUGAUGGAACUUUGUUUUUGGGUUCCCGUCUUCUUGCUGCCUUUAGCGGCUGCUUUUUACGAUAGGAGAAAUAGCAAUGCUAGAGAUACGUACUGUAAAAUAAUCGGGGCGAUCGCUAACUUCAUUAAUGUGAAUACGUCGGCUCAUGCUCAGAGCGCUCUAGUGUCGAAAAAGGGGGAAAAUUCGAGAGAUGGAAAAAAGAUUUGAAUAAAUACCUACUAUGUUGGAUGAGUAUACAGCCGGUUAGGAAGGUUUUCGAUGCUGUUUUGGUAUCAGAUGGUUGUUUUAUUUGAUGCUCAGU